AUGUCCCGAGAGGACGAGGGCCGUAUUGUUAUCGUAUCCAUAGCCAAAUUUAUCAUCGAAUUGGAUGUUUACAUCCUAACGCAGGAGAACGAUGACAGUAUGGGCAACUUUACAUUCUUGACACCGAAAUGGCAGCUCAGCAGCGCCUUGGAAUUGCUCGAAAUUCGAGCUGUGAUCCAGACUCUUGGGAUUUCUGAGCGAGUGCAAUUUGCUGUUGAUGCUUACGUAAAAAUAGAGCAGAAUCGCUUGAACUAUCAUAGAACCCAUCAAGUCAAUCUUCGCUCUGACUCCUAUAGAGGUCUGCAGGAUUACCUAGCCAGAGAAGACAAUUACGGACCUCCAGGAAAUCGCAUUGUGUUAGCGUCGUCACAUAUCGGUAGUCCAAGGGCAAUGCAACAAUCCUAUCAAGACGCCAUGGCUAUAGUUUCUCGAUAUGGAAAACCCACCUAUUUUCUUACAAUUACCUGUAAUCCUCAAUGGCGCGAGAUUCAAGAGAACCUUUACGAAGGACAACUUGCCUCUGAUAGACCAGAUCUAACGGCGCGUGUCUUCAAUGGAAAACUAAAGGAAUUAUGCAAUGACUUAUUCGAAAGACAUGUGCUCGGCGAAGUAGAGGCGUAUGUUUUUGUCAUCGAAUUCCAAAAAAGGGGUCUUCCGCAUUGUCAUAUGCUGUUGAUCAUGAAACAAGGGUGGAAAGCGCAAACAGUAGCCGACGUAGAUAAUGCUGUUUGUGCUGAAAUACCGGACAGAGAGGGAGAACCGGAAGCAUAUGAGGCAGUAACCAUGUAUAUGAUGCACAGAAAGUGUGGCGCUGACGAUCCCCAUUCACCAUGCAUGCGUGAUGGGAGAUGCGCAAAGCGUUUCCCCAAACAAAUUCGUGAAACCACGUCCAUGGAAACUGAUAACUAUCCGAGUGAUGAAUGGGUCGUCCCGACCAAUUUGUACCUCCUCACGAAGUUUAACUGUCACGUGAACGUUGAAAUUUGUGGUACAAUUUCAGCGGUGAAAUAUUUGUACAAAUACAUCUAUAAGGGUCCCGAUCGUGCACGAAUAACUAUUGAAAGCGAUUCUGAUGGUGGCGAAAAUCAUGUGGUAGACGAGAUAAAGCAGCAUUUGAACACUCGAUAUGUCUGCACACCUCAAGCUCUUCACAGAGUGUUUGGGUUUGCUAUGCAAGAAAAAUCUAACACUGUGUGCAGAUUGGCUGUUCACCUACCUGGCUAUCAGACAGUUCGCUUCAUCGCGGGACAAGAACAACAAGCUCUAGAUGGCGCACAAUCUAACUUCACGACCCUUACCGCUUAUUUUGAGCUCAACUGGCUAUGUGCUAAUGUUUUCGAUAAUGGCCAGCCGUCUGAUAUGAACAUUGAUGCUCGCGAACUUUUUUACUCCCGGAUCCCCGAGCAUUUUUCAUUCAUAGCACGCCGUGGUUGGAAACCAAGAAAACGUGGAGGGAAAGAAAUAGCACGUAUGUACACGGUUUCGCCGCGAGAUGUCGAACGAUACAGUCUCCGUAUCCUAUUGCUAAACACCAAAGGGAAGAUAUCAUUCGAAGACCUGAGAACAGUAGAUGGGCACACUUACGAAAAAUUUUCCGAAGCGGCAAAGGCUUCUGGAUUCCUCGAUGAUGACACAUGCUAUCGUCAGAGUAUUCAGGAAGCUGCGCAGUUUCAGACAGCAUCAACUUUACGUAGUUUUUUCCCCUGCUUGCUCUGUUACUGUGAAGUCGCAAACGCUGAGGAGCUAUGGAAUGAGUUUUCAACAUCGAUGGCUGACGAUUACAUCAAAAGAGGGCUAGGAGCAGAAGAUGCAAUUGUUCUCUCCUAUUUCGACGUCGCCGAUCGGAUGUUGUUGCUUGGCAGAGAUUUGGCCCAAAUUGUUGUGCCACCUGUGAAUCAAAGACCUUCACUUUCCGAUGUUCCAGUUGACUAUCGUCAGCAUGAAAGUGAAGGAUCACGAUUAUAUGAGUCAUUGAAUUCGCAUCAGAAAAGUGCUGCUGAUGAUAUCCUAACAAUGGAUCGCAAUGACGGACGCUACUUUUUUAUCGAUGGUCCUGGCGGAACAGGAAAAACCUAUCUUUAUAAUACUAUUUACAACCUGGCCGUAGGACAGCGACGUCAAGUGUUGUAUGUUGCUUGGACAGGAAUCGCAGCUAAUCUUCUGCCAAAUUGA